UAAAAAACAGCUAAUCUAUUUUAAAAAAUGCAUUCCGUGUUCAGCAGUUGGGAUUAGAAUGUUGGAUAACACCUGGCAUGUGAUGUCACAAAGAGACUGCUGAUGACAUCACAGACUUUGGAAGGGAUCUGAGCAUAAACCCACCCAGUCUUCUUAUCUGUUCCCGACCUUCAUCGAGACAGAUCCCUUUUGAGAAGCACGUUCGAACCUUAGCGAAACCAGCCAGACAUCGUUCUCAGAUAUCACACGUCUUUUAGCUCGAUAUUCUGAUUGAUAGAAAGUUAGCCAUGGAGCAAAAACAGUUUGUUUGUGGAAAUGAAACCUCUCCAGCUAAACUUUCAUGGGAAGACAUGAUUGACCUCCCCAUCCAGGUCGACUAUGAGGCCAUUAUUUUCCCAGCUGAAGAUGACAGCUCUGUCACCAGCGAGCUGCAUCUCAGCAAAGCAGAAGAUGGUCCAGAGAUCCAAGGGGAAGCAGUUUCUUCUGCUACCAUUGAGGCUCCCCCCUUAGCGGAGGUUCAGCUGAAAUCAUCCAUCGCUGCUGAAUCUACGUCUCUAAACUCAGACCAGGUCCAGCAAGCAUGUCAGCCAUCUCCGAGGUUAGAAGAACCAAAGACUCGCCCCAGUGCGGGUCUUUCUUCUGAGGCACCGUACUCACACCAUCAUGAUAAAAACAGGAGAAAGCCAUGGCACACCGGGACCAACAGAAAGACUGAUGUUGACCGCCCCAAGUUCUAUCAAAGCAACAGGAUGCCACGCCAUGCAUCAGCGGUUACGAUGAUCCCUCGCUCGAUGUGCAUCGAAGAGGCUCUCAAACGUAUCAACGACCUCACUCAGCAGGUUACUGCUCUAAAACAAGAGCUGCACGAGAGAACAUGUGAUCUGCAUGAGGAGAGAGAACAAAGAAUCCAGUUUCAGGUUGACUGCAAAACUCAGAUGAAACAAAUCGCAGAACUGGAGAAAAGUUUAGAAAGUGAACGUCGCAUGAGACUGAAAAGUGAAGAGAAAGAGGAGAAGCAGGAAACAUUGACUGUAACCCAGCCUACAGGUGCGUCAAAGUUACCAUGCAUUCCCACAGUUACAGUGUGCGUCAGUGUCCUGCAUGAGCUCGCCUUCCUGAAGAGGCAGGCUGAGAAAAACGCCAGUAGAGAAGGGAGGAUGGCAGAGGCUUUUGUAGAAGAACGAGAGCUGAGGCUCAAAUAUGAGGAACAGCUGAAGACUAAAACUGAAAAUGACUCCAGACUCAAGAACAGGAGGAACUGA